AUGAGAAGUAAAACUUUAAUAUUGUCUGUUUUUUUUAUUAUAUUUCCACUAUCAAUGAUCACUUCUGUUAGAGCUUCAUGUCCUUCUAAUUUGGUACAACAGUCUUUUAUUCAAUCCAAAAAUUGCACUUUAAAUGAAACAUUGACAAUAACAGGUUCUUUACAAGCACCUACAGUAUACAUGUUAAAUAAUGUUUCAACACUAAACAUAACAGGUGGGUUGAUAUGUCAAAAUGCUUCAAUUAUAAAUGUCACACAAAGAUCAACACUUUGUACAACAACAGAUAUUACUUUAAAAGAUCAAUCACAUUUCAAUUUGUAUGAUAAUUCGAUUUUAGACACACGAAAUAUUAACCUAUUUAAUGAAUCACAAUUUAUCAUUUCAGAUAUAUCUGUUAUUGAAUCAUUUUUUAAUAUCAUUUUAUACAACAAAUCAAUAUUUAUUUUUAAAACUCUUGGAUUUACAAUGAAUUUAUUUGCUGCAAAUAUAGAGGACGACGCUAUUUUUAAAAUGGAACACGGUUUUAAAAUAAAUAAUUUAAUAGAAAUAAGAUCGAGAGGAAACGGGAUUGUUUUUCUUGAUUCAAUAACAAAUGCCGAUUUUUUUAUUUUCAAUGGAAAUUCUACACUGUAUUUAAACCCAAAUGCGUCCAUUGAAAGAAUGAUGUAUUUUGAUUUCAGCGACAAUGCAACUUUUAAAAUGGGUAAUUGUUCAAGCAUAAAGCGUGCCGAUUCUUUUCGUUUCUAUGAGAAUUCAACUGCGUUAUUACAUGAGCAUUCUCUUGUCAAUUUGAAUUACGACAUAAGUUUUGGUGGAAAUAGCACUUGCAUGAUGUUUUCAAAAUCGAGUAUCAAUUCAACAUUAUAUAUUUAUAUUGAUGGUAAUUCAACUUUCACAAUGAAUUCUAGCGAAAUCACUUCAAUUAAAAACAGGUUUUAUUUGAGUAACAAUGCUACUUUUUUGAUGUACAAUGAUGCAAUCAUCAAAAACGUUACACAAAUUGAAAUCAACAAUGGAAAGCACACAUUUGAAAUGAACAACAAUUCAUUUGUGAAUGCCUCUAAUUUCAAAAUCACAAAUGGCACUUUUGUGUUAAAUGGAAAUGAUGAUAGAAAUAGUGUUAACAGUACAAACUUAUCUUGUAUCAACAAUGGCACGAUAGUUGUGACAAAUACUACAUGGGUUAACAUUUUGAAUACUACAAUAUUUAAUUUUUGUAAUAUAAACGUAACAAAAAGGACAAUCAGGGAUUUACCCAUCUUUUUUUCUUAUCAAAUAAACAUGACAAUUUUCAGUUUUCAGAAUUCAUUUGAAAUAGAUUUGGCUUGUUCCAUUAUGCCAAUUAAAACAACGCUUCCACAAGGAACUAAACUUCUUAUAGAUGGUCGCUUAUUAAGAUUGGGUUUUUCAAACAAGGUGUUUUGCCAUUUAAUUAAUAAAAACGAAUUUUAUAGUGAGCCAUACUGUCCUUGUAGUUCUGUCAAUUGUUAUAUCACUCCACUCAAAAACAUCACUUUUUUUAAUUUAUAUAUUGAUACACCACCAAUAAACUCACAACAUAAAACCAAUGAACUUGAGGAAGUACUUGACAUUGAAAGUGUUUCAAUCGAAAACAAAAAAGUUUCAUUUUAUAAAACAGACAACUUUGUUUUAUGUGUAAAUUCACAAUCAUUAAAAUUAAUUACAAAUAUUUCGUCUUUAACAAAAACAGUUCUUCUUGUUUCGACUCAAUAUUUUGUAUUUAAAAAGGUUGUUUCACAGGCAAUAUACACGACAAAUAAUCAUACCAAAUAUUUAAUAAAUCCAGAAUGUGAGGAUGGAUUGCAUUUUAACACAAUAACACAAGAAUGUGAAGAAUGUUCAGAUUUAAAUUGUCUUGAUUGUUCUUACAACACAAAUGAAUGUUUAAGAUGCCAACAUAAUUACAAUAUUGAUAUAAAUGGAAAAUGUGCAAUAAUAUCAAAUUGUUUGUUAAAACAAUCAAAUCGAUGUUUGAAAUGUUCUAAAGGGUAUUCAUUAGUUGCAGGUAGGUGUCAAAAGUCUACAAACUGUUUGAUUCAAACUUUUGAUGAAAAAUGCCAAAUUUGUGAUUUAACAACUUUUAACAUUAACAACACACAUUGUGUAAAUGCAGAUGAUAAUACAAAAUACACAAAUCAAAAUAAUAUAAUAACUUGUAAAAGUGGUUUUGUUACGAAUUCCACAAAUUGUCAAAAAUGCUCAGAAAUGUACAAAUCAAGUCUUCUUUGUGAAAAUGGUCAUCCCACAAAAUGUGAAAUAACAACUGAAAUGAAUACAAAUAAAAUGUGUGAAAAUAAUAAUUGUUCAAUACCAAAUGAUCAAAACGGAAGGUGUUCGUCCCCAAUUGCAAAAUGCAAUUUUAUUACAAAUUCAAUGUGUUUAGAAUGUGAUAAUAAUUCGAUUCCAAACAAAAUGGAAUGUCACACAAAUGACGAUUUGUUAUGCACAAACCAGAGUUCGGUUUCGUGUUUGAGAUGUGAAGACUUUUAUUUUUACAGUUCAUCAACAAACAAAUGUGAAAAAUGUGGUCUAAAUUGUAUGACUUGUGUCAUUAAUUCGACUCGUUGUAUUACAUGUCCAUUGGGAUAUUAUCUCUCAAAUAAUACAUGCAAUACAAAUGCCAAAUUGAUUGGAAUUUGCACACAACUGUUAUCAUCUGGUGGAUGUGUUAAAUGCAUUGAAGGGUAUUACAGAAAUGGG